GUUCAUAGUUGUUCUGUUUCAAUUGCAACACUGGUUUGAUUUUCUUUCUCGCGUCACCAACUUGUAUCAACUGACAAGUGGGGUCUUGCAUAAACAUUUUAUUUCUGGUUGCAACAAAUAUUACGCAGCUAUUUUAUGAAACUAUUGGCUUUCGGGACAAUGUAUUCCCCAUUCUCUUAGUUGGCGCCAACUUCCUGAUCACGAACACAAGAGCUUCUCCACUGGACCUUUAUGCAUCGACCCCCGAUAUACAACUCAACAAUGUAGUCUACAGUCAAUCAAGUAGUUGCUAGAAACAGCGAGCUACGAAAGAAUGAAACAUAGAAUUGACAAAUUCUCAGAUAGUUUGAAUAGUGUCGUUGGUCACAAAGUAAAUUUCGAAUGUCCAGCGCUACUGGAAAUUCAACGUGUCUUCAUUUGCUGUCUUCCAACAUUUCUUCGUAGUCUAUUCGAAGGAUCGUAGAAGGCUAAAGCACCUUUUUUGGUUCUGAUAGUCCACUUGUUAAUUGAAGUAGAGGCUUUCGUGGUCUUGUUGAAAGAACUGACAAGUCAAGGGGUCUCUUACACUCAUGAGUAGUCGCAAGCCUCGCAAUGGGGGUCUUCCCUUUGCAACUUCUCCAAAGAACCUUGGAGUAUCACUGCCAACAAACAUAUCACGAAAUGGAAAGCGACAAGAAAACUUAUUCCGACCUGAAGAAGCCGAUCAGAAAGCUUUUGGCAACGUGAAGAAGGAAAGUACUCCUUUAGCGGCUAUGUUUGGCGACGACUCUUCAGAAACAACCGAGGAUAGGACGGUAGGAAAUAUUUCGAAAGUCAUAAAAGAAAGGAAUUCUGCGGAGUCUUCUUGGUUUGGAGAAUAUGAAUCUAGCUCAACUGAGGAAGGAAGUUUUCGUGAAGUUGCUAGUGAGUCAGAAACUUCUGAAGAAGAGUUUGAAGAUGAUUUCUUCGGCACUGCUAAUGGUGGAGAAAAGAAACAGAACACAACCAGACGGGAGAACACUCUUAAGUCUUUCAAUUUGCCAGAAAAGCCAAAGGAACCCAAGGAAAACACGAAAGACUUUAUUCCACCUCACUUAUUGGUUCAAAGGGAAACGCAGUCCUUAUUUGAGAGACCUUGUUCGAGAAGAAUGAUAAACUGGACGUGAAAUCACGUUGUUUAGCAAUAUUGUGGGUUUAUCGAAAGAUGCUUUUAAGUAGCACGAAGAUGGUGUUCGUUUCGAACUAAAUGCUGACUUUUGAAGUUGUGAAUAUUCCACAGUUAGUACAGGCAUUACUAGCAGUAUAAAAAACAUGUCUUCUAA